AAGCCAGGCAAAAAAACAAGGGGUCGAGUAAGAAUAAAAAUGGAAUUCAUCAAAGAUAAAGUUAGAAGAUACACCACAUUCAGUAAAAGAAAAACUGGAAUAAUGAAAAAGGCAUAUGAACUUGCCAAAUUGACUGGCACUCAGUUGAUGUUGUUGGUGGCCAGUGAAACGGGUCAUGUUUACACAUUCGCCACAAAAAAGUUGAAACCAAUGAUUGAAAGUGCAGAAGCCAAAGCCCUGAUUGAAGCAUGCAUCAGU